AUGUUCGAAGAUUUCCUCGGCCAGGCGGGCCACGAAAACUUGUGUAAGGCGAAGCUGGUUCUGUUCGGAGAACCUUCGCCCUUAACCUUUGCCCUGCAGCUGCGAAGGGACAUGAAUUCAGGCCUCCACGACGCUAACCAGCGUAUCUUAUCCAGUGAUUCGCUGACCGUAGUCGAGGAAAAUGUCCAUCCGAAGCAUCUACUCCCGCAUGACAUUGAGUGUCUGAAGGCGAAGGGAGCAUUUAUUUACCCAGAAGCGGAAAUUCUGGGGGAGAUGAUUAACGUGUUUUUGGACCGAUUCUACCCUCUGUACUCCGUCGUGAACCCGACAGACUUACGCAAGGCACAAGAGGAGCGGAAACUGCCGUGGAUCUUGCUCCAUUCAGUCUGCUUUAUCGCGAUGACUUUCUGCGAGUCGGCCAUGAUCUACCAGGCUGGGUUCAGCUGUCGCGCACAGGCGCGUCGGCUCUAUUACGAUCGGGCCAAGGCUCUUUUCGACUUUAAUUACGAGAAUAAUAAAAUAAUCCUGGUGAAAGUUGCCAUCCUACUCAGCUUCAAGGGGCCGCAGAUGGAUUGUUACUGGAACCCAUGCUCGUGGAUUGAGAUUGGAGUGACAAUGGCUGUGGCCCUUGGAAUGCACCGCAAGUCCAUUGCAAUGAAUGGGAAAUCCAAUGACCGAGGCCUACUCAGACGGUUAUGGUGGACGUUAGCCGUCCGUGAUGCCCACUGCUCUGCCCUGCUGGGCCGACCUUUCCGUAUCAAUAUGGCCCAAUGCGAUAUUGAAAUGUUAAAGGAGAAUGACUUCCCCGACGAGCACACGUGCCGAUCCCCAACAACCCCGUUAAGCUGUAACUGCCGCCAGUCGUUCGAGUACCAGAUUCAAGCCACCAAGUUAUCACUUUUCCUCCGAGAUAUUAUGCACUUCCGCUUUGGGCCGACCAGUGUAAGCUCUACAAUUGGCAUAAUCCACGAGCAACUUAUGGGCUGGAAGGCACAGCUCCCAACCGCUAUGCAAUUCCUGCGAGGCCAAUCUUCGGUAUCGACAUGGGCUGUACAGCUCGAUAUCCUACUCAAUUACCACAUCAUGCUCCUACAUAUGGACCAGCCUCGACAAUCAAGACCUAAUCCGUCGUCGCUCUCGACCGCGGUGCCCGGCGGCUACGACUCCACUGCCAUUGCAGAGUCAUCGGCCCUAGCUGUCUCCUCGAGUGCCAUUAAACUCAUAACACGAGAUUCCAUCUGCAAUACCCCCCACGAAGUGUUCCCUGGGUUUUUCAUGGCAGGCAUCAUACUUUACCAGCAGGCACAACAGGCGCAGAACACCCACCUAGCGAGAAUGAUCAGGGCCAGUUUCGAUAACUGCCAAAUGCUCUUGACUCAGGCACAGAAUACAUGGGACCCGGGGAUUUGGGCAAUGAAGGUUUUUGAAUUUCUUCUGCUUGCUGCGGACGCAGUCGACGCUGCAGAAGCUCAGAUACCCUCAGCCAUUGUUGCAGCCCUCCUUGACUCGGGAGCCCCAGUCAAGGUACUGUACCGGCCCGGGUCCGAUAUAUCUUCUCUGCCGGACUCGGUCGCUAAAACUGUGGUCGACCUGGACAAUCCAGACGCAACGGUUGCAGCUUUGCAGGAUGUGGACAUUGUCAUAUCCCUCGUAGGACACGAGGGCGUUACCCGUCAGCUUGCUCUAGUCAAUGCUAUCCCCAAAACGAACGUUCGGCUUUUCGUCCCUUCCGAUCUCGCUGCACGCUAUGACGAACAGGGGCUGCGAAUUCCAGUGAACCACGCCAAGGACGGCAUUGAGAGAGCCGCGCGUGCUGCUGGCAUUCCGGUGACAGUGGUCCUCACCGGAAACUUUGCCGAAUUUGCCUUAGCUACACCGGCUAUGGGAGUAGACCGUCGCAACAACAGGAUUAUCUUCACGGGUGAGAGUGAACAUAAGGCUCUAAACCUCUGCACAAAACCUUAUGUUGCCGCCGCGUACGCCUCCCUCUUCGCCUCAACCUCUAUCGACCAACUCAAGGACCGCACUAUAGGCCUGUGCGAGAUUCGGGCAACAGGAAGUGAAAUUGCCCACAUGCUGACAGAGCAGCAUGGCUCCAGAACAUGCCGCAAACAUGAGUCUAUGGAGUCCAUCGGCGAGUUAAUCGAGACCUCUCUCGCCACCGGAAGUAACUUUGCGCUGGCGUUCUACUGCCGCAAAAUUUGGGGAAGCGGGCAACAGACUCAGAUGAUGGGAGACGACUUUUGGGAUGUGAAGGUGUACCAGAAGGCGUCGUUGCAUGAUCUCAUUGUGGGGGACCGGCUCCAAGAAUACCGCCUGCUGCCACCUGCGGUACUGGAAUCUUUCGAGUCCCACUUUGAACAGGGUGUUUAA